AGUUUGCGUCAAAGUCAGCUGUUUGUUCAUAUUUGACAAAACUUCAGUUUUCGUUAUUUAUUAAUAAAAAAACACAUGGCUUUAACUACUACGUCGAAGUUAAUAAGGCCUUCAUAUCACUUACGUAACAUGACCUCAAAUCAAAUAAAAACAGCCGGAAUUUUAGUUAUAGGAGACGAGCUUCUUAAGGGCGAAGUAAUCGACACAAAUUCUCCAUGUAUUACAAAGGAACUACACAACAUAGGCGUCAAAGUCAAAAAGAUUUCUGUUAUAGGUGACGAAAUUAACGAAAUAAGUACCGAAAUCCGCAAUUUCACUAAAUUGUACAAUUAUGUCAUCACGACGGGGGGCAUAGGCCCCACACAUGAUGACGUAACGUUUGAAGCUGUCUCCAAAGCCUUUGGGAUCCCGCUCGUCCUCAACCCGCAUCUUCGCAAAUUAUGCGAGAAGUUCUACCAAACGACGGACGCCAACCAUCCUGGCAUGAAACUCGCCAUGGUUCCAGAAACGGCAAAAUUGACUUUUUCGGAUCAAAAUAACUAUCCUAAUGUCUCAGUUGAGAAUGUGUACAUGUUCCCAGGCAUACCUGAGCUUUUCCAGAGGUCUUUUCUCAGUCUGAGCACGAAGUUGUUCAAAUCGGAUGAGACGGUUUUCCACUGCAAGGCACUCUAUGUGAAUUUAACAGAGGAUAAAAUCGCGGAGGAAUUGGGGAAAUUAGCGGCGGAUUUUCCGGAUGUACAAGUCGGAUCGUACCCGAAAUUGUUCCACAAACUGUACAAAGUCAAAAUAACAAUGGAGUCAACAAAUGAAAAUUCGGUCAAAGCCGCCACUGAUCAACUACUCGCCAAAUUUCCCAAAGAGGCUAUUGUAGAAGUGGAUAAAGAUAGUUUGUAAAAAUAAACCCCUUUAAUAAAUUAUUAAUUUGUAAAAA